AUGUCAAAUAAAAUUAGUGCGAGUUAUAUGAGCGCGGAGCGCGCUUCUCAGGAUGUAGAACGAAAAGAAGUUCAGGAGUCAAUUUUCAUAGGAGCGGCUACGACAGGAAGAAUGACCUUGAUCGAAAAGAGUUAUGAUAAAAGGAUUAUUAUAUUAUUAAUCAUUUCGCCAGUUUGGACUCUCUUGUUUACAGCCGUGCCUGUGGUUAUUACUUUCCAUGGUAUCGCUGCCGAUAUUUAUCGGUUUGCUGAACCGGUGGUUUCGCUACCCAUAAGUUAUUUUAUUCUGACAUCGGCCGAAGUAUUCACAGAUCAAAAUCAUGAAGAGGCACUUGUCUUCAAAAACCUAUCGGAACGAUCAUUCCUGAAUAUUUGGUUUUUGAUUGGCGCCGCGCUUUAUGCACAAGGCGCUGCAAUGCAUGCCACUGCGAUCAUUGCAAAGCAUAACAUUGAAAAUUUAAUCACCACGUAUCCCAACAUUACAACUCAAUACCCCGCAGUAAAUGAUUCUUAUGUUUAUUUUCAGGAAACCCUCGAACAUACGAUCGGUCACUACUUAUAUGCCUUCGGUGCGGUACUUAUCACAUGGGCUCAAUUGUUUGCUUACCGUCACCAGCGUCACUACAACCUUCAUUCGAAAGUAUCGUUAUUCGGCUGGAUUCUCGGUGGAAUCUUAUACUCUUUUCUCCUAGCUGGAGUGGCGAUCGAAUUUCCCAAAGGCACAAUAGUUGGUCUGGCUUACGUAUUAGUGGUCGGUGUUCCCCUCGCACUUUAUUUGCUAAAAGACAAGUCACUCUUUUCGAGAGGAAAAAGGUUGGUGUUACAGUCUUACCUGCUAGGUUACGUGGUGGCGUUUGUAAUUAUUGUAAUUUGGAUCAUCAUUGUGGGUGGAUUUAAAGAUCGUAAGAGCACCGGGUUAUUCGCAAAAGGGUAA